AUGUUGGAAAUUGUAUGGAUUUUCUCAACUGGUCUUGGAACACUUCUCUUUUUAGCAGAGAUUGCAAUACUCUGUUGGGUGAAGUUUAUCAAUCACAGUGAGCCUGCGGCAGUGGCUGCUUCUGUGGUAUUAGUACCUGUAUGCAUUGUGUUGGUAUGGUUUGUUGUGCAUUUUAACCGAUCUCUUGUCCAACACAAGUAUGAAAUAUCAUUUCAGAGAAUUAAAGAACUUCAAUAGAUUGCAAACCAACUCUACACAGAUACAGGGACAGCACUAAGCUCACCAGCAGCCAGUCCAUGUCCUUAUCACAGGGUUUGA